AUGUCCCUGUGUCGGGACGGUUGCCAGUACCCGACACAGCGGCAUGACGGCGGCGGGCAGCCGGCCAGGCCGCAGCUGGCGCGCCACGCAGCCCACAAGCACCUGCGCCACCACCACGAGAACCACUGGGGGCCCUACUUCGAGCACGACGACGGGGACGACCCUGAUGGGUCCCGCAACGCGUCCUCCGCCGUCGCCGCGCAGCUGGGCGCCGCCGCGCGCCUCGACUGCCGCGUCGCCAUGCUGCGGGACAAGACGGGGGAGCGGGUCGGUUCUGGUGCACUUCCCCCUCACGCCUCUCCAUCCCUCUCCACCCCUCCUCCACCUCCACCGCCGCCAUCUUGGGCCGCCGCGCGCCUCGACUGCCGCGUCGCCAUGCUGCGGGACAAGACGGGGGAGCGGGUCGGUUCUGGUGCACUUCCCCCUCACGCCUCUCCAUCCCUCUCCACCCCUCCUCCACCUCCACCGCCGCCAUCUUGGGCCGCCGCGCGCCUCGACUGCUGCGUCGCCAUGCUGCGGGACAAGACGGUGACGUGGCUGCGCCGCUGGCCCGACAGGGUGCGUCUGCUCACGGUGGGGCUGAUGACGUACAGCAGCGACCCCCGGUUGCAGGUCGGCUACCAGUACCCCAACAACUGGCGCCUGCUCAUCAGCCCUGUUCGUCGCGAGGACGAGGGCAGCUACUUGUGCCAGGUGUCCACUCACCCGCCACGCGCCAGGACCACCUACCUCACAGUGCUCGCCCCGGACAUGCGGCUGGUGGACGAGCAAGGGCGCGCCGUCAAGGACCGCUACUACAAGACGGGCAGCUCCAUCGAGCUGACGUGCCUGGUGGCAGGCGGCGAGGCAGACCCGGGUCUGAGGCCCACCUGGCUCAAGGACGGCGAGCCCUUGUCACCGCAGCUCGUCUCCCCGCGCAGGCAGCCGCCAGGGGCGCCAGUGGCCAGCCAGCUUGUGAUACGCGACGCCCGCAAGUCGCACAGCGGCGCCUACAGCUGCGCGCUGUCCGAGCACGUGUACGUGGUCGCCAACGUGUACGUGCUGAACGGGGAAACUCAGGCAGCGGUUCAGCAGGACUCCUGGGACAGUGGCGGAUCGGUGCUGCCGCCUGGUGGACACCUCACGCAGCUUCUCGUGCUGACGCACGCCGCGGUGUUCGCCGAGGCCUGCCGGCUGUAA